UGGUCACGCGUUGCUUUUACAACCUGCAGACAGAACUUUCGUGCCAAACCAACAACGGCAAAGACAAGGUGUGGUGAUAGUGUGUUUGUCGUACAGAAGUCGUGUGAUUUGGUGUUUCAAUUUCAAGGACCAAAAACUUCCAAGAUGACUCUUGAACAGCCAGCUGGAGAGAUGUGGAAGAAGAUCAGAGAAGAGCUGAAUGAAAAUGUAGAAACCAGAGACAAAGAUCUAGAACACAUCAAGGAAUGGUUGAAGAAAGAACCUCAUCUACCUGACGAGUUUGAUGACCAGCGUAUCAUGACCUUCCUUCGAGGUUGCAAGUUCUCUUUGGAAAAGACCAAGCGUAAGUUGGACAUGUACUUCACGAUGAGGACUGCAGUGCCGGAGUUCUUCAACGACCGUGACGUCACAAGACCUGAAUUGCAGGAGAGUUUGAAAAUUAUCCAAAUGCCUCCUCUACCGGGUCUAACUCCAGAUGGACGAAGAGUGGUAUUAAUGAGGGGUAUUGACAAAGAAGCCCAAGCUCCAAACGUAGCAGAUGCUUUCAAACUAGCACUGAUGAUGGGAGAUGUGAGGCUCAAAGAAGAGAAGGAGGGAGUAGCAGGAGAUAUUUACGUGCUAGACGCGUCAGCUGCAACUCCGACACAUUUUGCCAAAUUUACACCAACGCUUGUGAAGAAGUUCUUAGUUUGCGUCCAGGAGGCGUAUCCAGUUAAACUUAAGCAAGUUCACAUCAUCAACGUUUCACCCCUUGUCGACAAAAUUGUCAACUUCGUUAAGCCUUUCCUGAAGGAAAAAAUCAGAGAUAGGAUUUUCAUUCAUGGAGAUGCUAACGAUCUUUAUAAACAUAUUCCUCAAGAGAUGAUGCCAAAUGAGUAUGGAGGUAAAGCUGGCUCUAUGGAAGAACUACACAAUUCCUGGACCAAAAAACUAGAAGAAUAUAAAGAGUGGUUUGCAGAACAGGAGAAUGUCAAAGCUAAUGAAGCGCUCAGGCCGGGAAAACCAACGAACCUGGAUGAACUGUUUGGUAUCGACGGCUCUUUCCGCCAAUUAGUUAUUGACUAAAAACCAAAGUGUACCUAUAAUUCUAGAUAUUCUAUCGGUAAACUAUGUAAAAUAAAUGAACAGUAACUUAUAUAAAAUACUCGCUUUACUUAUAUCAAUACAAGACUGAGAAAAGUCAAUGGUUUUGGAAUAGUCUUGCUGUUUUCACUGUCCUUGCAAUAACUUAUAUAAUUUGCGCUUCGUGCUUUCAUUCCAUAUUAUUAAUUUUAAUUCUUGGACAGUUUAAACACAAUGGCAAUAUUUUGAUUAAUUAAAUAAUGUAGCAUUGUAUUGAUACUUAAAUAAGUGUGUUAUUAAAUCAUUCAGCGCAUAUGUCAAGUUGUGUUGAAAGGUAUUUGAUUGAAAACAAAUGUUUAAGAUUUUAUAUUUUUUGAUACUCAGCUGGAGUCUGGUGUGGUUCGCCAAAAUCUAUAAAUCAAAUGCAGUUUAUAGUUUACUACUCUAGGUUCUAUAGUUAAUGCACGGUGUCAUCUUGAUGUCUUCUCUGUCCACAUAAGCUGUUCAAUAAAUAAAUUUAGAAGUAUUUCCAGUCCAUUUAAAACCAGAAUUUUUGACAUUUAUGCUUGCUUUAACCGUAUUACUAUUAUGUUUCACUGUUAUUUGUUUGUAGUUGUAUAGUUUUUUUUUAAAUAAAUCAUGUUAUGCUUG